GCUCUUGCGAGGACCUUUUGUGGCGUCGGUGAAGAAGACAACGUCUGAGACAGUGAAUGACCCAUUUGUCUUUUGGAAUUCGCAGUAGAGGAGUGAAGGUAAUAUUCUUGUGGCUUUGAUGUCUUCUAGAGAGUCAAAAAGGAGCAUACUAAAUCGAAACAAAGCGCAAUAUCGUGUUCAAGAUUUGUGGAAGAACUAUUCUACUGUUCGAUGAAACCGUUGGCGACUUUUCCGCCUUAUUUUGAGUCGAUGGCAGUAGUGUAAUAACUCCGCGAAAUCCUUUUAUUUCAAAUUUUGAUGUUAUUUCUCGGAGAGUGUUAAGGGCUUAAUCGACAUCUGUCGACGUACGGAUUGUUGUUAACUUCAAAGAGCUAUUCGAGGAAAGGUAUUUUCUCUUAGUCAAUUCCUGACUCAACUACAUAAGUUUUUUACUAUUUUCUGCAGCUGAGUUGUGCAAAUGAAUGCUGAGGUUGAAUUUUUUGCAACAACUUGACGAAAUCAAUCAACCAAACAGUCGGAAAUACUGAAAUCCGUUUGUAGCGCAGUGUCGUAAAUUUGUGCGAACCAGAUUCUAUUGUUUUUUUUUUUUAAAUUUCUCUUAUUUGGGAAAUCGUUGAUCACGGGUGUAUCUUUUUGUCAAGGCUUCGCUCACCUGAUGUAUUUUUUUUGUCUAAAUUAAUCUUUUGGCGAAACUUCUUCUUUUCUCCAAGCUCUCCUCAGAAGAAAUAUUCCUUUUACAUCGCAAUUGGCCAGCUUGUGGAAAAAGGCGUUGUUCUGAUCAUUGUAUUAAUUUGAGGCCGCCAUUGUUGUUUAUAACUCGCGCAGCGCAAUAUCGCGGGAGGAUCGCGCGUGGGGUACAGAAUUCAAAACAAGUCGAUAAAGCUCAGAACCGUUUGAGACAUAGUUAGAAGCUUAUGUGUAGUCAACUUCAGAAAAUCAGUAUAAUCAAAAUCGAAAGUAACUACCCCUGAUUUUUCCACUUGAUCUUGUCAUCAUUUUGGGAUUAAAAGAGGUGGUUGCUUAGCCAUAGCUGAUCAAGUAGAAUUGCAAUAUAUGGCUUUGCCACUAAUGGAAAAAAACUAUCGAAACAGUCUUAUACUUUUCUACCAUGUACUAGCCAGGCUGUGACUUGUCGAUGAGUAAAUUGUGCCUCUGAUGCUUGAAGAGAUAACUUCACACUUUCUUCCUGUACAUAUUUUACUUUGUCAGGCAGUGUUGUAAAUGAUCAUUUGUCUUUGUUGGCUUUCCUUUGGGACUUGUGGGGCUCACUGAGUUUGAAUUUGAGCUUCUUUAUCUCUUUCUUUUGCAUUUUGUACCAACAAUUUCCUGUAAAAAUCCUUCUAAAGACUUCAUCAAUUCCCUGGUUAUCAGAGUAUAGGAGGUCUGAGACCUUGUCUUUGGAAUUUGAUAUGGCAAAAAAAGAGAGAAGAGCUGAUUUAAAAGAAACGGAGCUCUGACCAGGGUUGACUCAGAGGUCUAGAUAACUAUAACUUGCUACACUCCUUCUUAUAUACCUUGGUUUCCUUCCCAUGAUGUACCACCAUGGUACCUAGACCAAGCAGUGUCUGUGCUGACAAAAUUUUUGUCAAAUUACAUCUUAAUUCAGUUGUGAGGAGGCCUUUUGGUCAUUCAUAAUAACUUAAGUAAGCUUUUAUGGAGAAGACCCAAACAUAUAAUUAAGAAUCAAACCAGUUAGGUUAUAUUCUUUGUUUAUUUUGGUGGUGUUUCAACUAGGCCUUAUUUCACCACCCACUGUAUCAUUAUCUUGAGUGUUUUUUCGGCUUUGAUGUAAAUUUUUGUGGAUUUCCUGUUAUUCUCUUGAGCUGUCAAUGCUAAAUCAAGAAGUUAACAACACUGCAAUGAAAAUUAAAUGCUCCCACUUAAUUUUAGACAAAAUUAUAAAGUUUUUAGAGAAUUAAUUACGUAAACAAGAAAACACCCUAACCAAAAGUGAUGAAUACAUAGUGAUUUAUUUUUAAUCGCGAUAUUUAUUGUCAAGGAUUUUGGUUGAAGUAUUUUCAAACCUUGAGACAGAUUUGUUGAAUGUUUCAAAAAAAGAACAAACACAGUGUGAAACUGAACUCCAGUAAGAAUUUAUUCCGAAAAGUUUUUUCCAAAAUGAGAUUUUCCUUGUAUGAAUAAUGGGUAGUUUUUCAGUUCACAAAUAUUGUGGAUUUUGAUAUUCAAAAUAUCUGUUUUAUUAACAGUUGGUGCAUUAUGGCCCAGUUACCACUCGUUUUGUACCCACAGUUGUUUUGUUUUGUACCCACAGUUGUUCCAUACCCAGUCUUCUUGUACCCAGUUAGGUUGUUUUGCAUCCAUUCGAAGGCAGAUUAUGAAAGGGGCAAACUGAAACCUAUUCUAGGCCAAGAAUACAUAAGUCAAGAGGAAAUGUGAACCAGCUAUUAAACCUAUUGCUGAUACAGCAAAGCAAAGAAAUGAUAUGUCUCCUUCACUUGCAAGCUUGCUGGGUCAUACUCCAACUAAUUGUCAUCAAGAAACACCAACCGAGAUUGAAAACAUUCUAAAGCUACAAAAUGUCCAAGCCCCAGUGUAAGACAUUUUGUGGAGGAAACCAAGAGCAAGGUUUUGUCUCAAUGAAAGAACCCCAAUUAACAGCAGAAUGAAAUAACCUUCAUUUCUAUCAAAACAUGAUAAUACAUAAACUCUGAUUGAUAAAUAUGUAUGGAGAACAGUACAAAAAAAAAUUGUUUAUUAACACCUUUUGCAAUGUUGAAAAUCAUCUAAUUCAGAUUAUGUAAAUAAUCACAUGAAAGGCAGUACUUUGUUUUCACCAAAUGCCAUGAUCAGAGUAGUUACACAGUUUCAUGUAAUAUUAACAAAGAUGGAAAUGAUGACCCAGAUGUGCAGAAGGAAAUUUACAGUGACUGUACAUAAACUUCAUAAUCAUGAUCACCCACAAUAAAAGUUCCUGUUCAUUGUUCAUAUCUUGUUUGAGUUCAUUCACACACACAAAAAACAAAGAGGAAAAUUUUUUUUUUUAAGAGAAAAUUUCCAUUCAAAUUAUUAUACUUAAUUUGAAGCACAGCCUUGACAUCUUCAUUAGAAACAAGUUUCAUUUCUUCUCUGAUCUCUGGAGAUUCUCUAUCAUUUAGUGGCAUUCUUGAUGUCCUCCCCCUGAACUCUGUCUUUCACAGUUGUAUACAAAGAUUCUACAUGAAUUUCAGGUCUUGGCUUUCCUUCCACAAAGUCUGCAAGUAGCAAAUCUUGUCUGUUUUCCACCAGUACAAAGGUGUUUGUCUUGCCCUUUGCCACUUGAGAAAUUUGAAGGUGCUACACUGGGGCCUCCUGUGAAAUAUCUGCAAAGAUGUAUGUAGGAUUUAUGAAAAUGAAACAAUAGACUAUCCAAAAUAGACUAGACAAUCCAAAACAGUAACAUAAUAUGAAAUAAUAUUAUAACAAAUCAUAUAUAAUGUUUUCAGUUAACUUUGAGACAGAAGUAUGUACAACAUAGUUGCUACAGCCCAAUUACAAUUUCCCAAAUUAGCUCUAGCGAUGACCUCCAACCAACCCCACAGCCAUCUUCUUCCCAAAUUAUUUUUGCGUAACACUUGCAUCUCAUUUAUUUUUAUGAAAUGAUAUUUAACAAUUAAUCCUACAUAUUUUUUGUCUGCUUUUCCUAAAUUACAAUUCAAUUUGGAAAUUUGAUAGAUGAGCUACUCUUCGUGGUAACCCAAUUUAUUUUACAUUUCAUGUUUAUAAAAACCUACCGAAGUAUCUGACAUGAUAAAAAAAAUCCACUUUUUCCCUUACCUCUCUGAGAAUCAUAAAUUUCCCCUACCUUGGAGAAUCUUUUUUUUUUCCUUAAGAAUUUUCCUGGCCUGGCAACCAUGUAAAGUAAAAUCUGUACUUGAGCUAACUGGCCCAUCCAACAAACAGAAAGAUUGAAAGCAUCGUUGAAACCUCAAAAUGGCGGUUGGCGACUGAAUUAGACGUAAAUCAAAACCACCCCAUGCACUUUUUUCCUGCAGUUUGCAUCACUAUAGCAGUUGCAUCAAAAGAAAAUAGAUUGAAGUUUAGUUCCAUAAUUUCUUUUGUCCGAAAAUUUUAUUUACAAACCUAUACGUAAAGAUUAAGUCGGAACACACCACAAUCAAACGUGUUCAUUCAACUGCCCAGUGACUGCUCUGCCCAAAAUUUCGCCUCUAUCACCCCUUCAUGACCACCAUCUUGAGUACGCGCAAAGAACGUUAUCUUUUUUCUAAUUUCCAAUGUAAUUGUUGGUACAUACGGUGAGCGAUAACGAAUAAACGGCGAAUAUUUCGACGUGAUUAGGAAAAUCUUCGAUUUCCGAAAUGGUUGCCAUGUGGUGACGUCACGUGGUUAUCAAAUUUGAUAUGGUUAUGUUUUUUUAGAAUAAAAGCACUUCAUUAAACGAUACAGUUUUUUCAAUUACAUUAAUAAACCUUUUUUCAGCCCAAAUUCGUUGCCAGCAAAUCCCUGAGGAAGAUUGUAUUACCUUGACCCGUCGGAAGGAAAUAUAACGCAAUAACAACCCCGAAGAAUAUCUGACGUUCAUCUGACCUCAUCUGGAUGUUGUUUUGAGUUGAUAUCGACCUAGACUUCUUCAAAGUUGUCAUUUUUCAUUAUUCAAGUGUGUGUGAGUCUCACAAAGCUUUUCGAGGUAACUUAAAAACCUUUUCUUUUGUUUUUCUUUUUGUCUUUUUUUUUUUUUUUAGAACUUCAAGUUUGCAGCACGAUUGACGGUGAAAAUCUCGUAUUUUUGACAGUGGACGGUUGACGACAACCAGACCGUAAUGUGCAGGAGCCGAAUGUUGUUCAGAUGAGUAACCAUGUCUUUAAAUCAAGGGGAACAAGGAGGUAUAUUAUGAGAGUGAAUAUUGUUAAUUUGAAAAUACAAGAAUAUUCAUAGUAAAGUUCGGAUAUACAUGUAACGCGCGUUGUCAUUGGUCGGAACAGCGUGUUCUAUCAGAGUUUUUUAUAAUAAGCUCAGUUAUGCACGUAUUCUGAUUGGUUCUCACUUAUGGUCUAUUGGAGGACAGACGUAUAGAUGACGUCAUCAUUAAAACCUUUUCUUCCGUAUAUUUUAAUUCUUUAUCAUAUGAUACAAAUAGAUUCCAAGUUGCCGUGUGUCUGUUCAGUAAUAGAUCACAGAGAAUGUCAAAACGUGUAAGAUCAGUAACACACUCGGCUGCGCCUCGUGUGCCACAUUUUGACGUCAUCUGUGAUCUAUUUGUUAAACAGACGCACGGCAACUUGGAAUCUUUUUGUUAAAAAUAACAGAGAGCAAGAGAGCCAAACCUGUCACGCCAACUGCUAAAUUCUACCUUUGACUGACCAUUUCCCGGACUUUUCUCUAGCUUUUUUUCGUUAAUUGAAAGUGAAAUUUCGGAAAAAGGGAGACGGCAAAUAGCAGCAGAAGAACUAAACAAAGGUUCUUAAACAUGUCAAGCGCCGUAAUUGACGUUAUUAUAACAUGCGCAGAGACGAGAAUCCUCAAAGAGAAAACGAAAUGGACCGUCCGACUUUUGAAGGUUUUUACGCAGUUAGAUAGCAAGCUUAUGUAUGAUGAAAAAAGUCAAACACAGCUAUUACUCGUAUAGUAUAUAUAGUUUCGUGUUCAAAAAUAAAACCGGACAAAACAGGACUGAUGAAAAUAUAGCCAAACUGACAUACCGGUAAUUUAAAACUCGUACUAAUCAUGACGGAAUGAGAGCGACUGCAAUCAUACUGAGGUCCAUCACGGCUAGCUUAUCAUGGCGAUCUCCGGUCAUCGCAGUGAAGCAAGCCUCAGAAGUUACAUUGGCCACCCCUCGAGUGAACAACUAAGAGCUUGUUCUGAGGCCCUUUCCGAUGCGUUUAUUGGAAGGCUACAUCAGUCUCGGCAGCCGAGUUUUACGGCACUGUCAUCCCGAGCAAUCUUUAUAUUCCUAUGAAUUCGGUUGUCGUUCAUUCAUAAAGCACACGCCUUGACCAGUUUGUGUUCUAAUCGUCAUGUGAACAAAUUCUCGUGCUUUUAUGAGCGUCAAUUCGGCCACUAAAGAAGUGCGACAGUUCUCUCGUGCUUUAGCCGCUUCUUGCGUGCUUGACAACGGAAGAGAGUACAGUCAAGGCUUCCCUAUUAGUUAAAUAUAUGUUAUUCGCCAGCCGGGAGAUCCGUAUUGGGAAAAACUGUGCCCGAGGUCUUGAGUACAAAGUUUUUCCCAAUACGGAUCGAGCUAGGCUGGUGAGAAACAUUUUUUUUUUCCUAAAACUUCACGAAAUUCCUGCCAAAUGAACCCAAAUGAUUUAUGGCUGUAAUUACGGCAAGAUUUUCCUUAAACUGAAAAAUGUUUGAGCGAGUGAAUGGCAUUUAAAAUAGAGGUAAUGCAAAUUAAAGAGAGAGACUUCAUCGAAAUAUUUUCAUUUGCGUAGCGAUAAAGGUGAUUAAAAAGGUUCCAAACAAGCGUUGAAACAUUUUUUUUGUAAGUAUCUGUCACAAUCUGACACCUGUCAAUUAGAUACCAUGUAAGAAAAAAAGCGCUGGUUUGGCAAACAAACUCAAGUUCAAUGACUCUCACGACAAUUUUUUUCUUCAAAACCAUCUGAUGACCUUACGGAAAGUAUUAUUCACUUCCAUCGAUGAUUAGUGAACGAAGAAUACCUCUGUACAAUGCAGGGAAAGUAAUUGUAAGUUAAUUCAGAUUAUGUUUCGAAGUUGUGGGAGUUUGCUCGUUUGUUUGCUGCCAUGGCGCGUGCAAAUCUGCUCUUUUUCCACCAAAUAACUUGAAGUCAAAUGAGAUACUUUAACAAGAUCUAACUGGAAUUUAACGCAAAUUCAUUCGGUUUUGUUGUGCAAUUUAGGGUACAAAUCGUCAAAUUGAACAGUCUUGUAUAGACUUACCGAAAGUGUAUAUUUAGUAGGACUGUAAACUUCGCCACAACGAAAAACUUGUUUGAGAGAAUUCAGACAUUAAAUGAAUGAAAGUUCCAUCGAUUAAUUCAAUUGUCAACAAAUAUCUAACAGUUUUAACUUUCUGAGUUACUUUUUUGUGAAGGAUUAAAGUUAUUCGAAAACUGUUUUUAAGCCGCAUGUCAACCCAUUUAAUGACACAUUUGCUACCACAAAUUAAUUUCGAAAACAACUAUCUGCUGGCAACCAAAGUGAUUUGAGAAAAGACACGACAUUAAGUUAUUAAUCGGCUUGAUUUGCUUAAAAAUACUUUGCUCGAAUAUAACGCCCAGCCGGCAAAACAAAAUUUAUUUUUGGAAAUUAAAAACGAAGCUAGGCAUGAUCUCGGUGACUCACGGAAGCGUUACCGUGCCCGUGGGCAGAAAAAAAAUCUGGACCGCACUAGGAGCCAAUCAGAUUGCAGGAUUCGUUACCGUGUCCUCUGAGAAAAAAAAAUUAUUUUUAUCAUUAGUUAUGCAAAUCCCUAAAAAGUACCCCAACAGAGGUAUAUGACGAGCAGGUUAGAAAUGUGCGCAUGGUUUCACUUUCCUACGAGGGUGUCUUUCAUUUCCUCGCUGUUAUGUCACGCUCCACGAAUACAAAAAUGUCAUAUUGCAACCCUUAAGUUGGAAAAAUAAAAUUCAAGUCACCUGGUCACAUUGGGAAGCUUUCAUACUCGGUAAAAAGCCGUGGCCUUAAUGGGCCGGGUAUUUAAACCAAGUUUAGCCUUUGUUUGACAAAAUCGCGUCCUAAACAAUCCUCAAUUUAGCUGAACCUUUUAUCUUACUUUUAUUUAUUUUGUGAAAAGUGUCAAUAAGGCCGAAAGCCGAAAGCUAACAUUUCUUAAGUGACUGAUUGCGUGAAACCGUGGUUUGGGUUAGACCUCGUGUAAAUAACCGUCCCCAAAAGGUUUUCAGUGACAAUUCACAAUUUCUUUUGUUGUUAGGCAAUAAAACGUGCUCUUUGCCCUAGAAAGUGAAAUUCCUCGUCAUAAUUGUAGUAGUUCCUUUGGCGCCUCUUUCAAAGACUUUUCAUAGCAUCUUACGCAUUAUGAAAAUUUGACACAAGCAACUGAUAUCUGUCCUUUUUAUUUUUCUGUUUCAGUUUCCGAUAUCAGGUUCUCGUGAAGUGGAGAAAAUGACGGCUUGUGAAAACACAUUACAGACAGGUGUACCUUUGCCGAGAGUUAAAAUUUUCAUUUUCGUCCGUAAAUUAACUUAAAUUCUGAAACAAGGAGUGACCGAGAUCACAACUUAAGCUUUAGAGCAAUCGAAAACAGUGGAAAUUCAAACCGAGUCUUGAAAUGAUGAAUUUUCUCAAGGAAUUACUUGCGCCAAAAGCCUUCAACAAAUCUAGUCAUGUCCUAGUUUUAAUUUGGUACGUGAUGGGUGUAAUUUUCCUUGGCAUUUUUGGCGAAAUAGGAAACAACGAGUCCACGCUUGAUUUCCAUUGUGGUGGAGUAACGAGUGAAAAUAUCGACCUCGUCCGGAAAAAAUGUUUCGAGAAAUACGAUAAGCAGUACAACAAAUACGGUCUUCCUAUCUAUGGCUUCAUGCUCAUCAAUUUCUUCCUAAUUGGAAUUGUAUGUGCUAUUUACUCCAAACUAAUGAGAUCUACAGUCGAUCAACUGACGCCAAGCACUCGUAACAGUGAUCCCGAGAGAGAGCCGCUUGGCCAAGAGAACCCAUCAACAAAUGGAGAGAAGCUUUUCAUCGCUUACUGCUGUCAACUAUUCGCAAAAAUGGUUGUAGAAGUCCUCUUUAUGGUCCUACAAACUCAGUUGCUUUAUCCAACUAAGUUUUCUUCUAAGUUUGACUGUUAUUUAACCUUUGAAACCAAUCCGCCAGAGAAUUUUCACGAAUGUCACAAUCAACGAGCGGAUAGGAAAUCCUUCUGGAUGCGCGCUGUCCUUGCAGUGAAUGGAAUUUUCGUUGCUGUCAUUCUGAUUGAAAUCAUCUACAUGUUUGCACGGGCAUGUAAAGAAAGGAGUUUCUUAAAAAACUCGAAGUUUCUAAAAUCCCAUCUUAAUCCCAGUCAUGAGAAGUUGCAUCAGGAACCUCAAAAACGAGGAGGAAGAGUAGAACGCGGUCCACGACAGCCAAGAGUGCGUGAAGGCCGCCUGACCCAAUUCGAGUUACACCGAGAACCUCAGAGGCAAAAUGAUUUUGUCCAACCACGAGACCAAGAUUUAGGGUCAGAUGACAUUGACGGACAUGGUAAGCCUGUACAGCUUCAACGAUUCAUCGCGCAAACAAAGAAGAUAAUUAAAGAAGACACCCAUCGCCUCGUCGAACUCCUAUCACCGUUUUUAGGUCCUCCAGGGGAACAAGCAGGAGCUAAAUUUUUGACUCUGGAUCAGAUUUACACAAACUUUGUGGUCAUCCCCAACAGGGUUAUGUACGACUUUCCACCAGACAGACGAGAGCAACUCAAAGUUUAUACAAGGUCGCGGGAGGAAUCACGGCCGAAAAUCAUGGAAGAUCUCCUCGAUGGUAGAGCGAAAAAAGUUUUGAUUGUUGGUCGACCCGGAAUCGGCAAGACAUUUGGUUUUACGAAAUUUUUCAGAGACUGGGCACUUGACAAAGUUUUUAAAGAGACAUCUGAUGCCAAAAUCCAUUUUGAUGCUGCUUUCCUCAUGAAAUUCAGGAGAAUCAAAUCGCUAAACGACCUUAGUCUCAGGGAACUACUCACUCACGCAGAACAUUCCCCUUCAGAUCACCUGGAUGAUGAGGUCUGGAAAUACAUCCAGCAGCACCCGGAACGUGUUCUCAUAGUUUUUGAAGGAUUCGACCGAUUCAAAUACGAUGCAAAAAUGGCCAUGCCUUCUUUUCGUUCCACAAGCAUUGAAGAGAAAAUGCCGCUCCAAGUCCUUUAUCAGUGGCUCGUGACCGGGAAACUUCUUAAAGAUGCUACAGUUGUGACGACUACGAGGCCCAGGGCUUUAUCAAGCAUCGCACAUCUUAAGUUCGACAAAAUCUAUGAAAUCCUGGGGUUAUCAUCGGAACAAGUUAAAGAAUAUGUCUUCAAAUACGCUGGAGAUGACAAGCAAGUAGGCGAAACACUAUGGCUACACAUCAGCAGUAACACGAGCGUACUUUCGCUCUGUUAUAUCCCGGUGAACAGCUUCUUGAUGUGCUCAUGUUUAUGGCAAAUAAUGCAGUUCCACAGGUCCACUGAUAUUGACUUUCCUUCCUAUUUCACAAAGGUUUACAAGAUUGCAGUGAAAGCGUUUUACCUUAAACACGCAAAAGGAUUCCGCGAUAAGCAUUUCGGUCGCAAAGACUAUGAAUCAGAUGAUUUGCCCACAGAAGUGGAAGACCAAUUCAGUAUACUUGGAAGAGUAGCGUUUGAAGGAAUCAAAGAAGGACAGCUGAUCCUUGGAGAAAACGAAGCACAUGGAGUGGAAGACAGCGUUCUUUUGCACCGUUUACCCGACCGUCUAACUGUUACGUCUGAUCAAGAAGAACAAUUCUGUUUUAUUAAUCUAACGAUACAAGAGUUUUUCGCUGCACGGCACAUAGCAAACACCAUGAAUGUACCAGAAUUGAGGAACUUUGUGUCCGAGAACAUGCAGAACGGCAGAUGGCAACUGGUUUUUCAUUUCCUAUCAGGACUAAUGUCUGAAAGUGAACGAUAAAGAUUAUAGCUACCGAGCGCAAUAAUCACAAACCUUUUUCCUGUAGAAACUGCGUAGUUACUAAAAGAAGGAAUGACCUAAAAUGAUCUACAAUGACCUACAAUGAUCUAAAUCAUUAGAAUAAUUGAAAUGGAGAAAAUAGAGUUUUUCCUGGUAUUCACACAAUUACAGCAAGAGGUUGAGAAAACUUCCAAACGUUCACCAAAAACUAGUCUUUGGUUCGUCAUCGGAAAGCUUUAAGAAACUACCAUCGGUAAUUUUCAUCAACCGAAAGUCUUAAGAAACCUUCUACAUUCAUUUAUUCGUGUUAAGUUCUCUCGGGAGUCAAUUAUCGUUACCAUCAGAAAUCCGAUCGUUUAUUUGAGUCGUCACGCCAUGCUUCUGCCCAGAAACCCUUUAUGACGACUGACAAACAACGGAUGGUGGGAAGACAAACUUGCCUCUCAGGUUCCGCGUUGUUCAUAGGGUGGGUAACCCUGUCCAUUGAAUAAAUCUCUAUCUGGUGGAUAGCACAGUACGUUUUGUUACUACUUAUCUGGCGCCGGAUGGCGAUUUAUCCAUUGGAUAGCGUUACCCACCCUUAAAUAACUGGG